GAGGAAAGUUACUCCUCUUACAUCUACAAGGGUGUCCACCCUGACACUGGUAUCUCCAAAAAGGCGAUGGCUAUCCUUAAAAGCUUCGUGAACAAUAUCUUCAAACACAUUGCUACUGAACCUUCCAGUACAUGCCAUGUAGGUCUUCGUCUCUCACAUUCUGUAUUUAUGUUAAUUACCUCCAUCAAUUUUGUAUUACAGGAUCAAAUCAAGUCUUGA